CUGCCCUGCAACUGCCCUCAGGAGACCUCCAGGGAGCCUUGGUACCUGGGGCUGCAAGGCCAAGCCAGACCCUGAAACCAACAUACCCCUGUCUGAGAUUCUGACUGCUUUAAAUCCUCAUGUGGACUUCGCCUGCACGGCCUCCAGCUUACCGGGGCCAGAGCUUCUGACGCCGUCAUCCGAGCGAUCGAACCGUUGAACCUGAGCGCCGGAAACACGCCCAUACCCCUACUACAGAAUUCCCAGCUACCAGGUGGAGAACCAUGGAAGGCGACUGUCUGAGCUGCAUGAAGUAUCUGAUGUUUGUCUUCAACUUCUUCAUAUUUUUGGGAGGAGCCUGCCUGCUGGGCGUCGGCAUCUGGGUCAUGGUGGACCCCACCGGCUUCCGGGAGAUCGUGGCCACUCACCCGCUGCUCAUCACGGGCGCCUACAUCCUCCUGGCCAUGGGCGGCCUGCUGUUUCUGCUCGGCUUCCUGGGUUGCUGUGGGGCCGUCCGCGAGAACAAGUGCCUGCUGCUCUUUUUCUUCCUGUUCAUCCUCAUCAUCUUCCUGGCAGAGCUCUCGGCCGCCAUCCUGGCCUUCAUCUUCAGGGAGAACCUCACCCGCGAAUUCUUCACCAAGGAGCUCAGCAAGCACUACCAGGGCAAUAACGACACGGACGCUUUCUCCGCCACCUGGAACUCCGUCAUGAUCACGUUUGGCUGCUGCGGGGUCAAUGGGCCUGAAGACUUCAAGUUUGCGUCGGUUUUUCGACUCCUGACUCUGGACAGCGAUGAGGUGCCAGAGGCCGGCUGCCGGCGAGAGCCCCAGACACGGGAUGGGGUGCUGCUGAGCAGGGAGGAGUGCCUCCUGGGGAGGGGCGCCUUCAUCAACAAGCAGGGCUGCUACACGGUGAUCCUCAAUGCCUUCGAAACCUAUGUGUACCUGGCUGGAGCCCUGGCCAUCGGAGUACUGGCCAUCGAGCUUUUCGCCAUGAUCUUCGCCAUGUGCCUCUUCCGCGGCAUCCAGUAGGGGGCGUGGCCUGGCGACGCCCCACCCACCACCCGGCGCCCUCGCCCGCCCGCCCCUCUCCCGUCCUGGUGGCCCCAGCAGGGAGCUGGGGCCAGAGUGGAUGCCCAGGAUAGGGCUGGGGAACAGAGCUAUUUUUUUAACCUAACGAAGUGAUGAAAAUUAACGACUGAGGGGCCCUUGCCUGGACACCGCGGCAGGCGCCAUGGUUCUCCCAGGGCCCCAGCGCCUGACGCAGCCUGUGGACUGCUCCAGAGACCAAAGGACAGCAGCCCCAGGUCUCCUCUGUGGCCAGCCAGACACUGGCCUCCCGGGCUCGGGCCCUCUCCCCACAGCUUCAGGACCUGGUGCCACAGUGCCACGAACGUGAGGGUUUAGGCGACGAGGAGACAGAAGCAGAUCUCCCAGAGGUCGCCAAAGCCCAGAGGCCCCCAAAGACUCAGUUGCCAUGUCCAUAGGACUUGGGACAAACCGCCAUCUCCAGUCCGGUGGAUGAUGGAAUUGUAGCCGCUCCAGGCCGGGGCCAGGAGUUACUGCAGACACUGGAUCUAAGAAUGGCCCAGCUGGCAGGGUCCCGGCUUUCCCCAUCUGUUGGACCAAAUAACUUCAAAGGCCCAGAGAGGGCCAGUGACCUGUCCGCAGCCACCCAGCACAUGCAUGGCGGUUCCGAACACGGUCCUGGGUGCAGGUGCUCCAGGACGCCGUCACUCCAGCCGGGACUGUCAGCUGCUGCUCAGCCGGCCUCAGCAGGCUGGUCUCCCCUGAAGAGGGGCAGGCUGCCAGGAGCUGCCCCCCAACUCUGCAGCCAAGAAAAGUCUAUACCGUGCCACCCUGACCGCCCUCCCGCACACCUCCUAGCUCCCACAAACCCACAUGGACCCACACUGUCCGCCCCGUCCCGCAAGCCACCCUCUUCUCUGUUUCCCCAGCUUCAUGGCUCCCAGGGUGGAAGAAACCCCGAGUUCAUCUGGUUUCCCCCUUCCCAUCCAGACCACAGGCUUGGGUGUCUGCUGAAAGGUCCCUGCUCAGACUUCACCGCCUUCUUGAAUACCUCUGCGGACGGAGAGCCUGCUACCUCUGCUCCGCUUGGACUUGGCUUCAGCUCAAUAUACAGAAGGUUUCUGUC